AUUCCCAUUUUUUUUUUUAAUUCAACUUUGAGAGGCGUUGAAGGUGAUUUCACGUUAUCGGAACCAAUAUUUAAAAAAAAUUGUCUCGUUUAAAUUAAAAUCACUGCAUAAAAAUUUGAAGUUACAUCCGCUAUAUAGUGCUAAAAACUAGGUUGUAAGGUGUACAAAAAAUUAAUUUCAAAUAUGCGUUUUCAGUGUGACAUUAGUGAAUUUUUUUGUGUUACUUUAAUAUUUUCAUGUUACAUCGCGAUUGGAUAUUCAAAUUCAACAGUGGUUAGCAAAUUUUUACUGUACUCGACGAAACACUACAUCAAAAGUCGAGUGUUUAAUUCAACAUCAGAAGGAUUUAGCGAUUUCAUUCCACCAAUAUUUUCCAAAAAGGCUCGGUUUGUCGGCGUGGAUUUCGACUUUCAAAAUGACUACAUUUAUUAUUCAGAUGUGCAGAAUGAUUUCAUAUACAGAACGCGCAGAAAUGAGACUGGUAAAGAGAUGGUAACAAAUUUCGAUCACGAAAAUUCCGAAAAUUUGGCUGUAGACUGGGUGGCGAAUAAUAUUUACUUCUUUGAUAGUAGAAAAGGUACAUUAAAUGUGAUAAGCACCAGGAAUUUCACAAAUAGAAAUGUACUGCUUAAAAAUUUGAAAAGACCCAGAGGUAUCGCUGUUCAUCCAAGCCGAGGGUUUGUAUUUAUCUCAGAAUGGGAGAGACCGGCAAAUAUCAGCAGGAUUUACACGGAUGGCACGAAUUUAAUGAUAUUCCGCAAUGUGACCCUGGGGUGGCCUAACGGUCUAGCCAUCGAUUUCGCUGUGGAUCGCUUGUACUGGUGUGAUGCAUUAUUGACUAAUAUAAAGCAUUCUAACUUGGACGGGACUGAUGUUCAGACAAUAAAUUCAGUAUUCAUCAAGCAACCAUAUUCCAUCACUAUUCAUCUAGACUCGAUUUACUUUACUGAUUGGAGAACGAAUUCCAUCAUUAGACUGAAUAAGUUGAACGGUAGUAUGGAAGAAGAGGUUACGAAAGAACCUAAAGAUGAGAGAAUAUAUUGUGUCAAGGUAUACAGCCACGCUGAGCACAAUGCCAGUGAAAAUCAUCCUUGUUUGGCCAACAAUAAUUACGGUGGAUGUCAAAAACUAUGUUUCGGGGUUCCUUCUGAUACAUCUGCAGAUUUACAAGUAAAAUGCGGUUGUCCAUAUGGUGAAAAAUUAGCCGAUGAUGAACGCGAAUGUAUUCCAGAUCCGAGUGCUGAACCAGAAACACAAAAAUUUUGUUUCAAUUCAACUACUUUUGUGUGUAGUACUAACCAGAAGUGUAUAUCAAAAUCAUUUAAAUGUGAUGGCGAAAACGACUGCGGCGAUAAUAGUGAUGAAGCUGGCUGCAGUGAUGAUGCUAAUAAAUUGAAAGAUCGAAACGAAUGCCAUAAAUGGAACCAUUGCGAUCAACUUUGUGAAAAUACCAAAGAUUCUUAUACCUGCUCUUGCUACCCUGGGUUUGAUCUCGUAGAAAAUAAAAAUUGCGUAGUUAAUAACACAGCAACUCCUUACGACAUAUAUUUCGCAAAUGAUGGAUCAAUUUCAAAAAUCAACAGCCUCAGCCAAAACCGUACACUCGUUUUACCCUAUUCUUCAGUCAAUGGCUUAGAUUACCAUUUUGAUAAAAAUUUACUUUUCUGGAUCAGCUUCAGAACGAAAAAAAUUCAUUAUCAAGAUCUGAAAAAUUCUACCACCACCAACUCUUCUUCAUCGUCAGCAAUAAAAGGCGAAUUCGAGUUACCAACUUCAUUAUCUCCAGAAGCUGUGGCAGUAGAUUGGAUAGGAAACAAUUUAUACGUAGUAGACUCCUUAGGACAGAAAGUCGAUAUUUUUGAACUGCAUGGACGUUAUCACACCAUAGUAAUGAGUAGAAUGUUGACUGAGCCAAAAGACAUAGCACUGGACCCUCUAUCUGGCUUAAUGUUUUUAGCGGAUGGUAGGCAGAUUUUUCGAGCUCAUAUGGAUGGCACCAAUGCUGAAUCUAUUGUUACCAAAAACGUCUCGUUGGCCACUGGUAUCGCUGUUGAUAGUUUUGGAAAACGAGUCUUCUGGUGCGAUUCAUUACUCGACUAUAUAAUUGAAACCGCUGAUUAUCAAGGAAAUAAUCGGUUUCUUAUUUCAAAGGUGCCAUCGUCUAAAAAACUGGCUGUUUUCGAAAAUUAUAUAUUCUGGCCGGAUGGUAAAGAACACGGUGUUAUGAGUAUGAAUAAAUACAAAGGGUCGUCUUCCAUUCAAGCAGUAUUCAAAAAUGAAGACAUCAGUGAUCUAAAAUCUAUAAAAAUUGUUCAUUCGUUACAACAAAGAGCGGGACAAAAUCCUUGCGGAAUCAACAAUGGCGGAUGUCAUCAUAUGUGUGUGGUGACCAAACUGAACGAAUCUGAUGCUUUAGGGUAUCGCUGUGCUUGUAAUAUUGGAUAUGCUUUAUCGAAUGACACAAAAACUUGUAUAGUGGUUAGCGAAUUUCUACUCUACUCCAGGGAUCGUCAUAUUAAAAGUCGUCUGUUGAAUCAAACUUUGGAAGGAUUUAGUGACGCUAUUUCUCCGGUCAUUUCUAAAAGCGCUCGAUACGUCGGUCUGGACUUCGAUUUUCAAGAUGACUACAUUUAUUAUUCAGAACUAUUUCAUGAUUUCAUAUAUAGAGCUCAUAAAAAUGGAACAGGUAAAGAGAUCGUAUUGGCCUCGCAGAACGAAGGCACCACUGAGAAUUUGGCUGUUGAUUGGAUGGCGAAAAAUUUAUACUACUUUAAUACUGUAAAAGGUACUUUGAACGUGUUAAGCACUAGAAAUUUUACAAAUCGAAAAGUAUUGCUUAAAAAUUUGAAAAGACCCAGAGGCAUCGUUGUUCAUCCCAAUCGAGGAUUGAUAUUCAUCUCAGAAUGGGAUAAAUCGGCCAACAUCAGUAGAAUGCAUACAGAUGGUACAAAUUUGAUGGUAUUCCGUAAUCUAACUUUGGGAUGGCCUAAUGGUCUAGCUAUCGAUUUCGCUGUGGAUCGAUUGUACUGGUGCGAUGCACUUUUAAAACAUGUACAGCAUUCCAACUUGGACGGAACAGAUGUUAAAACAAUAAAUUCGGAUUUAAUCAAGAAACCAUUCUCUAUCGCUAUCCACCAAGACUGGAUGUACAUUACUGAAUGGAAAUUGAAUGCUAUUAUUAAGUUACAUAAGUUACACGGCAAAAUCGAGGAAGUUACCAAAGAGCUUCAAGAGGGUAGAGUAAACGUUGUUAAGGUUUAUAGUCAGAAUGAGCAAGAUAUCAGUAAAAGUCAUCCUUGUUUGGCCAGCAAUAAUUAUGGUGGAUGUCAAAAACUAUGUUUUGGAGUUCCUUCUAAUUCGUUUACAGAGUUACAAGUAAAAUGCGGUUGUCCACAUGGAGAAAACUUGGCAGACAAUGAACAUGAAUGUAUUCCAGAUCCGAGUGCCGAACCAGAAAUCACAGUUUGCCCUGAUUCGGAGGAUUUCGUUUGUGAUAAUCAACAUUGUGUGCUACAUAGAUUUAAAUGUGAUGGCGAUAACGACUGCGGUGAUAAUAGUGAUGAAACUAGCUGUACCUAAUGUGUAAUAAUGUUAUUAAUUUAAAAAGUUCUUUUAAACAAUAAAUUAAAAUUCUAGUUAGGUACGUACCUUUUUAAAUUUUAUCAUGAAACUUGAAAUCGAAAUAGAAAAAAAAACGAUCUUUUAAAAUUUUAGCAUAAAAAUUGGAAUUGAAAUUGGGAAAAAAACGCAAUAGAGUUUGAAAUUCAAAAAAAAGUUGAGUUGGAACUCUUCAAAACGAGUCAAAUCGACCGAACAGUUGAUUUAUUUUCAAAGAAAAAUUUUCCCAACCCUGUUCAGACCUGAUUAAAUCCAAUGAUUUCCCCCUUUCUUUAGAAAAAUAAGGUUCAUUACGCCUCAUUCACUCCAACUUGACCAAAUUUUUGUUGAAAUAUAUUUCAAUCGCUGGAUGUAUUCAUUUAGUAAAAAUAAAAUUUUCGUUGGCAGUUA